AUGAUAAUCCUUGAACAGAACAAUCGAAUUAUUACGGAAGUAUUGGAUUUUAAAUUCUCUAUGGCUAAACAAGGGAAUAAAUUGGAAAAAGUUGAUGUGAGAUUUGCUGAUUUCGAUGGCGUCGUUUACCACAUAUCAAAUCCUGAUGGUAACCGUGCGAUAAUUAUGCUUAGCAUAUCAUUGAAAUUUUACAAAGAGCUUCAAGAACAUGGAGCUGACGAAUUAUUGCGCCGUGAAUAUGGUAAAUAUCUGUGUACAACACCGGAAUCUAAUUAUAAUGUUUCACUAACCUACAAUCUAAACGAAUUGCCCAAUGAUUAUUCGACGAUUGUUAGCCAAGCUUCACAUUUAAAACGAAAUUGUUUUGCAUCUGUUUUCGAAAAAUAUUUCAAUUUCCAAUCACAAGGUCAAACUGGAGCAAAAAGAGCUAUAAUUCAUUACCGAGAUGACGAGACUUUAUAUGUAGAAACAAAAGCCGAUCGAGUUACUGUUAUAUUUAGUACAAUUUUCCGUGAUCCGGAUGAUGUCGUCAUUGGAAAAUUAUUUUUGCAAGAAUUCCGAGAAGGAAGAAAAGCAUCACAAACGUCACCUGCAGUACUCUAUACAGUGGGUGAGCCACCACUUGAACUACGCGACUGUCCCGAUGCACGUAUUGGAGAUAAUGUUGGCUAUAUUACGUUCGUGUUAUUUCCACGGCAUACGAAUGUACAAGCACGUGAUAAUACAAUCAAUUUGAUACAUACAUUUCGUGAUUACCUUCAUUAUCACAUAAAAUGUUCGAAGGCAUAUAUGCAUUCAAGAAUGCGUGCUAGGACGAAUGACUUCUUGAAAAUUUUAAAUAGAGCACGACCAGAAGGACGUGUAGAGAAAAAAACAUUCUCAGGGCGCAGCUUCCAGCCAGUGUAG